AUGGGGAGUGAGAAGGACAGAUUCCUGAGGAAGUUGCUGGUGAGAGAAGGCCAAGGAGAGGCCAGCGGACCCCAGCCAGGCCAGGAGGUGACUGUGAAGCUGCUGGGAGUCUUGGAGGAUGGCAGCCUGGUGGAGAAGGACCCAAAGCUGACUUUCAUCCUGGAGCAGGGGGACGUCAUACAGGCUCUGGAGCUCGGUGUCCAGUCCAUGCAGCUAGGAGAGGUGUCCUUCCUGCUCACCAGCUUCCUGUAUGCUUACGGUCACCUAGGCAGGGACCCUGAUAUCCCAUCAGAUGCCUCAUUACUGUAUGAGUUGACCCUGCUGCAGAUCCGGGACAGCCCCGAUCUGGGGCUCCUGCCACCCUCUGCGCGAAUCAGCCUCAGCAAGCAGAAGAGGGAGCGAGGGAACUUCCACUUUGAACGGGAGGAGUACCAGCGGGCCAUGCGAUCCUACCAGCUGGCCCUGGGCAUCCUGGACGCACCUGGUGCAGUCCCUCCAGGCCCCGAGGAGAAAGAGGAGCUGCAAGAGCAUCGAGUGAAAUGUCUUAAUAACUGUGCGGCUGCCCAGCUGAAGCUGCAGCUGUUUGAGGAGGUGCUGGCAUCAUGCAAUGCAGUGCUGCACAUCGACCCCGACAACGUGAAGGCUCUCUACAGGAAAGGCAAGCUGCUGUCAGAACAAGGUGAGGACCAGGCAGCCAUGAAUAUCCUAAAGAGAGCCCUCCAGCUAGAGCCCACCACAAAGGCAAUCCACGCUGAGCUCUCAAAGCUAGCGAAGCGUCAGAAAGGGCCACCGGAACGCCCUGCCCCCACAGGUGUGGACGACCUGGUGCAGCCAGCAGCGUACCAGAGCACAUGGGUCAUCCCCUGGAAGCUGCUUUUUGGUGCUGUGGCUGUGGCUCUCGGCAACACGGUGACCUCCAUCUUACUGACAACACGGAGCUGAGACUAGCCAAGGACACGAGGGAUGCAGGGGGGUUACAGCCCCUCCCACAGCAAAGGGGGGGCCAGGUGCGAGCCCUGGGUUGUCCAGCCCAGGACACAGGCCACGUUCCCAGUGAAGCCAGGAUAACCAGCUGACAGGACUUUAGCAGUGACCUGUGUGUCUUUGUAAAUAAACUUGGCUGUUGUUUAGCCAGCACCCUGCAGCCAGGCCUGA